AUGUCUCCCUCGUGCUUCUCAUCCCUCCCCGCGCAACCAACCGACGAGAUCUUCGAUCUCCUCGCCCUCUACCGCGCCGACGCCUCUCCCGACCGCGUCAAUCUCGGCGUGGGCGUCUACUGCACCGACGAGGGCAAGUCAUGGCCUUUGGAUGUAGUCACCCGCGUGGAGAAGCAGCUCUUCGAUGAGGCUAGUCUCACGAGACAUGAUUAUCUGCCCAUUGAGGGCGAUCAGCAGUUUUUGAAAGUUGCGAGGGAUUUGAUCUUUGCCGAGCAGGAUGAUCUCAGUAUCGCGAGUGUUCAGACUGUCUCCGGCACCGGAGCGAAUCAUAUCGGUGCGAGGUUCGUGGCGGAUUACUUGAGACCGCAGAAUAUCUGGGUGUCGGAUCCGACGUGGGCUAACCACCAUAUGAUCUGGGAGUCUGUUGGUAUGAAGCCGAGAUUGUACCCGUACUACAAGAAAUCGGACUGUUCGUUGGAUUUCGAGGGCAUGAUCAAGACGCUGGAGGAGCAAGCUCAGCCACGCGAUGCUGUUCUGUUGCAUGCUUGUGCGCAUAACCCAACUGGUCUCGAUCCCACAAAGGAGCAAUGGAAGGCCAUCGCAGAAGUCUGUCAGCGAAAACAGCUCUUCCCCUUCUUUGACGCAGCCUACCAAGGUUUCGCAUCCGGAUCUCCCGCCGAGGACGCAUGGGCGAUUCGAUAUUUCUACCACCAGCAGCCUCGCCCCGACAUGAUCGUCGCGCAGUCAUUCUCCAAGAACUUUGGUCUGUACGGCCACCGAACAGGCGCCGUUCAUCUUGUUCUCGCGGAGCCGUCCAAGGAGAUUCGCGACAACGCAUAUUCGACGUUAUCAUACCUGCUCCGAUCUGAGAUUUCGAUGGCGCCCAAGUAUGGUUCUACGAUUGUGAAGACGGUUUUGGAUAGUGAGGAGUUGACCGCGGCGUGGAUGGCGGAUCUGCAGGUUAUGAGUAGUCGGAUUAAGAGUAUGCGACAGGCUCUUUAUGAUGAGUUGGUGAGGUUGGAGACGCCUGGGACAUGGAAUCAUAUUGUUGAUCAGAUCGGUAUGUUCUCAUACACUGGUCUUUCUCCCUUCGAGGUCAAGGUUCUUCGUGAGCGAUUCCACAUCUACCUGCUCAACUCAGGCCGUAUCUCUAUUUCUGGAUUAAACAAGAGAAACGUGCAGUAUGUCGCGAAAGCAAUUCACGACGUCCGAACGCAGGGCCAUGCACUCAACGGAACCAACGGUACAAAUGGCACAAACGGUGUCAACGGGCACUAG